UUGAAAGAAACGCAAAAUGUGCUGCGACAUACAAAAGAACUUCCAUUUGUAGAGCAGAUGAAUUUUGUGCAUAUAAGUUGGAUGUCAGAUAUUGUCCACUUAUUGGGUUCUCCGACACCAUUGCUCCGUUUAUUAAAGCUCGAAGAUAUGCGCUUACAACAUUCAAUUAUAUGUCAUCUUCUUUGUGACAUUCCAAGCUUAAAAGAAGUGUUCUUGGUGCGGGUUGAUUCGCGAAAGGAUGAUGAUUGCAAGUGUUCCAAUCCAGCGGCGCUUGGAAAGGAAAUGCAUAUAGAAAUGUUGCAAAUGGAUUCAUGCAGUCAAAUAUUGGUUCACAUCGAGAAGGCAUUGAACGUGAAAACAAUUCUCUUAAAAAAUGUGUACGCACGAAGCGAUGUUGUAAGAAUAUUUGGAAACCCGAAAUGUAGUAGUAUUGAGCAUCUUUCCUUGGACAAUAUUCGUCUUACUCAUACAGAAAUUGCACAGCUUUUAUGCGACAAUGAAACAAUUACGACAGUUUCCCUGAAAAACUUGAAGACACAACAUGAUUUCGGUUGCAAAAAUAAUGAUCUUGAGCCCCAUAAAAAGUACAGCAUGAAAACGGUAUUAUAUCUCGAAGUUCAGUCUUCAAAGGGCUUCAUGAACUUGAUUCACCAUGCAAGUAUGCUGAAAAAAUUGCAUCUGGAGAAAUGGGACAGUGUUAAGAAGAUCUUACAGCUAACUAUAGACUGCAAGUUAUUAAAUGAUCUAUAUGUUGAUGUCGAUCAAAUAAGUCAUACAGAGGCAACUACCCUAUUUUGCGGUAUACCGUCGUUGCAACAAAUUAAUAUAUCUACAAAAUCCUGCGUGGUCGACAGUGUUUGUGGAUGCAGACAAAAACCAGUAAGAAAACAACAUCGUAAACAAUUUACAUCGCUUUGUGUUCGAGAUGUAUCAAUAAACAUGGUGGCCUGCCUUUACCAUAUCAAAGAUUUUUCUUUGUUGGAGCAGUUGACAACCGAUGUAGAUAGUCUUUCCAGGAGGGACAAGUCCAUACUUUUCAAAUCACUCCGUCAGAGCCACACGUUGCGUUAUUUAACGUUUAAUGGUACACAGAUGGACGGAAACACAUUGGUUGAGAUACUCUAUGCUUUACCAAUAUCACAACAGACGCUAACGGUAGAGCUAUUGAGUUGCAAGUUGACUGGUGCUUCGAGUCUUGAAGUUGUAGUUGAAGCUGGACCGCCGAAUUUUAAACUCAAAACCUUUUCUGUGAAUGAAUUGUGUUAUCAAUCCGGGCAGAAAUAUCUACUUAUCGAGGAUGCAGCGAUAAUGCUCGAACAAUUUUAAAAUAUUAAUAAAGUAGUUAUCAAAUAACACGACUGCUAUAGCCUGUAUCAUGGGCAGAUUCAAUUUUGGAAUUGAAACGCAAAGCAACUGAUGGCCAUAUUUCGACUAAGAAUUAUUAUUUCCAUGGAUGCCACUAUCAAAACCUUACGGGUAAAUUUCGUCAAUGUUACCAUACUGUUAUCGCGAAAGUGAAACUCUUAUUCAAAAUCAAUACAUACACAUGUAUAACAAACAUAAUUUUUAAGUGAUAAACAUAAAACUAUUUAUUAAAUAAUGCAUUUAUUGAAAAUAAGAAAAUAAUAAUUACUGAUAACAAGGUUGUUACCGUGUAUUUAAUAGCUGAAAACACAAACAUAUUAAAUGAUGUGAAGAACUGUGAUCUACUAUCGUCUCAUAAGGUAGAAAUACCUUGUUUUAAGCUCAUUUCUUUCGAAUUAAACUCGGUAUCCUUCAUAAGAACCAUUUUAAAUCAUGGAUUCAUUCGUUUUGGUAUAUCAAAACAAUUGUAUUAAUUGUUUGGAAAAUCUUAU